AUGGUAUAUGGAAAAACUAUAAGACUUCCUGGUGAAUUUUUUGAAGAGCCCGCUACAAAGAUUGACCUUGAUUCAUUUGCAUCUAAUUUUCAAAAUCAAAUGCUUCAUCUGAAACCUAGUAGGCCUGCACAAAGCAAAGCAAGAUCAGUAUUUGUCCCAAAAGAUCUGCAAACCUGUUCCCAUGUCUUCCUGAGAUGUGACAGGGUUAGAAAACCAUUAGAACCUACAAAUGAUGGUCCCUUUCCUGUCAUUUCAAGACAUGAAGAAUAUUUCACUAUUAAAAGGAAGUGCAAACACAUAAAUGUAUCAGUGGACAGACUUAAACCAGCUUAUCUCCUGCAAGAAAAAUGGGAAUCAGAGAAGGAACUUCCAAACUUUUCCAAGGACAGUGAACCACAACAUCCCACAGAGGAACCAUCUCCAAAUAUCAAAGUGUCGAAGUCAGGACGGAUUAUAAGGUUCCCACCUCGAUUCUUAGAGCAGUUGUCUCUGUGGAGAAUUAAUCAAAUAUCAUACCAGACAUUGUAA